AUGUUCGGUCCACCCGAGGGUCUUGUCUGGAUGACCAAAGGCGCCGUGGGCGCAUGGUACCAGGACGAAGCCAUCAACCCCGGGGUUGAUAGGCAGCAAUUGAAAAAGGAGCAGGAGCAGGCCUUCUACCAAAAGUUCUUCCUCGACCUCGCCGCAAACGGGAAGCGUACGAGUCCGCCGGCGAAGAAGCAUCCUCGUACCGAGUAUGCCGUCGGCGGUGCCACCGGAAGCUACGACAAGAUCACAGUCAUGUACGGCAAGAACGCACAUGAAAUCUCCAGGACCCACGUCCUCCACCAGGACGGCGAGCUCUUCGCUAAGCAGGGUACCGAGGCGUACUUGUGGGAAGGGCCCAAAGGAGGAGCUGGAAAGCUGGAACGGGCAAAGCAGCUGGACGCUCUCGCCCAGAGGCACGGGAUCGACCGUAAUCCGAAAUACUACCGGGCUGAGAUUGACCGCGACGAUCUGGCUCGGGAUGCUACGCAGCUUUUUCCCCAGGCGCUGAAGCGGUGGCUGAUGGAAUUCAAGAAGGCCAAUGCUGCAAAGCUCAGUGAUCUGGUGGUUGAUGGAUGGGUGGCGAAGAUACUCUUGAAAUCGGCAUUCCGAGAGAUGACAAUCAAGAAGAUGCUUGAACAGUCAGCGUCAGAGCGGGAGCAGUUUAUCACUGCCCUGGUGAACGAGCUGGCAGACGCCUACAGGUUGCAAUACUCGCUCGUCUACGCUUCAGGUGAGCUCGGAGACCUCGAACGUAAAGAGGAGGAUCGGUUUCCCGGGCAAAUGGCGAAGCUCCGGCAGUUGCUUUACCCCGAUAGGAACAGGGCACUGGAGACAAGGGACGAGUUCCUAGGGAUCCCCUUAUUUACCCCGUGGACGCACGAGGAUAGACUAACGUUACUCUCGUCGCCCGGAGGUCAGCCAGAUUGCGAAACCUGGGGCCACCUCGACUUCACCACCGAGCCGGAGCUGGGCCUAGGAGUUGACGAGGAGAGCCGGUGGCAAGGAAUAGGCUUCCAGAAAGUCUCGGGGGGCGACGGCGGGCGUGUAGGCCUCCCCAUCGACUUCUACAGUAGGAACCUCGUCCUAGCCUUUGCAGCGCGGGAUAUCAAAGUAGCCAGCAACGCCAGCGCAUUCACGACCAAGGUCACUGCCAGCUCCAUCACCUUCCCGGGCAUCAUCCAGAGCCAGCUCGGUCUGACCAUGACCUACCUCCCCGCACCAUCACCAUUGGAGAAGCAGAUUGCCUUGUUUAUGGUGCAGAUUCUGUCCGUAGCCGCGGACCUGAUCCCGGUCGUUGGACCGCUCGUCGGCUUCGCCAUUUACAUCGGCGGGAAUACUAUCAUUGAUGCCUCAUGGAUCAACCAGUUUGAGAACUCGACACCCCCGAUCUUUGCGUUAUUGUAUUCUCAGAAGGGCAACAUUACGAAGCACACACUGCGCAAGGGCAAAAAAGUCAAGUUCUCGCUCAAGUAG